AUGUCGUGUAUUCGGUACCCUCGAGUUGGCGGCAGGAGCAUUGUCUGUACAACAGCAACAGCAGCAGCAGCGGCAGCAGCAGCGGCAACGGACAGCACGCCCACUGUCUCCUGUAAGAUGCUCAUUACCGGAGACUGGCCGUGUGUAGCAGCAGAUGCUGCUGCUGCUGCAACCAAGUGCUGCACUUCGCCUGCAGCUGCUGCUGCUCCUGCUGCUGCAGCUGCUCCUGCAGCAGCAGCCGCAGCAGAAGCAGCAGGAGACGCAGCCAGCAGCCCUCCGGUGCCGCACGGGGGAGACAGCAGCAGUCACAGUGAAGACAGCACCUCCCCGGCAACGACAGAGUCUGCAGCAGCAGCAGCGACAGACGCAGCAGCAGCAGCAGCAGCAGAAGGUGCUGGUGUCUUAGGGGAAGCAGCGAUGGAGCGCGACUGCCCUUCAUCUCCUUGCCGUCAGCAGCAGCAGCAGCAGCAGGAGCAGGAAGCUGAUCCUGCAGCAGCAGUAUCUGCAGAGCAGCAGAAGCUCUCAGAAGCGGAUAGUGCUGCAGAAGAUGGUGCAGCAGCAGAAGCUUCUCCAGCAGGUGCUUCUGCAGCAAGUGCUGCUGCAGCAACUGAGGAGGAGCUCCUGAACGAGGCGGAGAGGCCACUGCCAGAUGCAGCAGCAGCAGCAGCAGCAGCAGGGCAACCUGCUGCUGGUGCUUCUGUACUGUCUUCUCCCGAGGACAUCUCUACAGCUUGCCAACGCAACAGCAACAGCAAUAGCAGCAGCAGCAGCAACGGCAGCAGCAGCAGCAGCAGCAGCAACAGUAGCGGCGCUGCUUCUUUAGCUUCGCUUCUGUCGUUGCCGCUGCCUGCUGCUGGCGAAGAUUCAUAUUCACAGCAGCAGGAGCAGGAGCAGCAGCAGCAGGAGAAUCCUCGUCACGCGCUGGUGCUGCAGCAGCAGUUGCUGCAGCAGCUCAAGCACCACACGGAGACGCUGCGGUUGCUGCAGCAGCAGCAGCACAUUGUGCAUGCACGGGAGGCCCGGAGAGGCGCAUUUGAAGUGGAAGCAGCAGCAGCAGCAGCAAAAGCAGCAGCAAAGGCAGCAGCAGCCUAUGACAGGCAGCUGUCGCCCAUAGCAGCAGCAACUGCAGCUGCCGCCACUGCUGCUGCUGCUGAUCCUGGUGCGUCUUGUUCUGCUGCAGCAAAAGAUGAGGCAGCAGCAGAAGAUGCAGCAGACGCAACAGCUCCCGUUGCUGCUUCCUGUGAGCUGCUGCAGCAGCAGCAGCACGCUGGGGUGGCCGGGGCGCCCUCGUCUGGCAUCGCCGCUGCAGUGUCAGGCCUGCAGCAGCUGCUGCAGCAGCACUUGCUGCUGCUGCAGCAGCUGCUUUCCCACGGUCAGCAGCAGCAGCAGCAGCAGAUGGGAAUGGCUGCAGCAGACGCGAACUCCAGGGGCGAGGAGGCUCUUCAUUCCUUGAGGGAGCAGCUACAGCAGCAGCUGCUGCUGUUGCAGCAACAGCAGCGUGUGCUUGUUCGGCUGCAGCAGCAGAAGGACUCUGCGCAUGAGGAAGAAGAGCAGCAGCAGCAGCAGCAGGAAGCAACGGAAAGGAGCAGCGCGCGUCAGGCAGUGGCUAUGAACCUCCCUUCUGCUGCUGCUGGCGCAGCAGCAGCAGCAGCAGCAGCAGCUCCCUCAGUUGCUGGUUUCUCAUCCCUCUCUUCUUUAAAUGGGCCUCGCGUGUCGGAGUUGCUGCAGCAACAGCUUCAGCUGCAGCUGCAGCAGCAGCAGCAGGAGGGGCAUAAGUAUGAGGGGCAGAACAGCAACAGCAGCAGCAGCAGCAACGGCAGCAGCGGCAGCUACAGCGUCGAUUGGAGUCUGCCUCAGACAGCAGCGCGGCCUCUGAGUAGCGGGGGAACUUGUGCAGCAUCUCCUGCGACUGCAGCAGCAGCAGCAGCAGCAGCAGCAGACUCUCUUGCUGCUGCUGCUGCGCUACCUGACGGCCUCUUGGGGGCCCCUCCUGCUGCUCUUCUAGAAGCUGCUAAGGGGCGCUUAUACUGGAGCAGCAGCCGCUGCAGAUGGGUGCUGGAUUGGUGGGCGCCGCGGCAGCAACAGCAGCAACAAGAGCAGCAGCAGGAGGAUGAGCAUCAGGACGCCUCUGGGUGCGCUCCUGCAGCUCUUGGCAGCAGCAGCAGCAGCAGCAACAGCAACAGCAGCAGCAGCCAGCAGCGGCAGCAGAAGACGUUUGCAUGCAAGGCAUACUGCUCUGUGCCCACCCCCAUUGUAGCACAUAUGUUUCUGCAGAGGGCAGUGCUGCAUGGUAGAGAUGCAGCAGAGAGUUGGUUUAGAGAAGUAAGUUUGAGGGAGCAGCAGGCUGCCAGCGGCAGCAGGAAGGAGCAGCAGCAGCAGCAGCAGCAUCAGCUGCAGCAGCACGCACAGAAUGAGCCCCCUGGGAACUCGCAGCAGCACAAUACAGCUGCUGCUGCUGCCGCUGCUUCGGUUGGCCUGCAACAACACUCACCCCUGCAGCAGCAGCAGCAGCAGCAGCAACUCAUGCUGCAGCAACAGCUCCAGCAGCAGCUUCUUCUCCAACAACAGCAGCAGUCUCCAUUGUCAGCACUGCAGCAGCAGCAGCAGCAACAGAGCGCAGGGCCGUCACAGAAACAGCUGCAAACUUCGUUGUUGCAGCGGCAGCUGCAGCAGCAACUCCUGCAGCAGCAGGCGCUGCAGCAGCUCCAGCAGCAGCUGCUUCGCCAGAAGCAGCAGUUGGAGCAGCACAGCCAGAGGUGCAGCAACUCCGCAAGCCCGGGGCGCGCAGCAGCAGCAGCAGCAGCAGCUGCUGCUGCUGCUGCAGAGAAGUGCAGCGGCGUGCCAGGCGACUCUGAAACGCCUGCAAGCACCUGCAGCAGCUUGGGGGAGGAUGACCCACUGAGCAGCAGCAGCAGCAGCAGCAACGGGAGCGGCAGCAACAGCAGCAGCAGCGCAUUGCACAGAGGCGCCUACAACACCCGCGGCACGAAGCGGAAGCAGGCUCCUGCUACUGCAGCAACGGCAACCGCUGCGGGUAGUGUAUCCUCGGUGCUCCAGCCGCUGAAGUCAGAGCAUCAGCAGCAGCAGGGGGCAACAGCUGCUGCAGCAGAGGGGGAAGCAUCAGGGGAUGCGGCUAGUAACAGCAGCAGCAGCAGCAGCAGAGGCCGCAGACGAGCAGCAGAAGGUGCUGUCUUUCCAGGUUUUAGAAGACGGCGAACAUCUGACGCUUCUGCUGCAGACAGCGGCAGCUGCAGCGAUGAAGCAGCAGCAGCAGCAGCAGCAGCAGGUAGCGGUGCUGCAGCAGGAGGGUUGGGUGCCGCAAGCGCAGCGGAUGCUGCUUCCUUUUCCCUGCAGCAGCUGGAGACGGCUGGCAGCAGCGCGCUGCUGCUGGACAGCAGCAGCAGCAGCAGCGGGCCUCGGGGGCGCAGCAGCAUUGUUCGUUAUGAAAAAGACAGAGGCCGUUGGGUUGCAGAUUUCUACACAGAAGGAGGUAAAAGGAGACAGAAGUGCUUUCACUGCAACAGCUAUGGAGACAGAGCUUCAGCUGUCGCGCAGAUAUAUCUGCACGUAGCGGUUCAGAAUGGGAAGGAAGCAGCAGAGACGUGGCUGCGUCGCUUCCUAGAGGGGCAAGAGGCCCUGCCAGUGGAGCUGCUGCGUAGCCUGCAGCAGCAGCAGCAGCAGCAGCAGCAGCAGCAGCAGCAGCAGCAGCAGCUAGCAGGGGCGUCCCUUCAUUCCCGAUUGCAGCAACAGCAACAGCAGCAACAACGUGUUCGGUCUGGUGCUGUGGGUGUCGUCAAUACGUAA